AUGAUGGCGCGAAUAUCGUUUUUUACCAUUGCGGCGUUGUAUGCGUUCAUAUACACCGUCCUCGCUUCCUCCGUGCCGGUGCAAUACUGCCCAAUCGCGGAGGUAUGCUACCAAGUCGCGGUACCAGAGGUAUCCGCCGCCAGAGAUGGAGGCAAUAUAUACCUACAGCUACGAGCGCCGAUAUCAUACUCGUGGGUGGCCUUCGGUACAGGAGAUGCCAUGAAAGAUUCGAGCAUCUUUGUCAUGUAUCAAGACGGUAACGGUAACGUGACGGUGUCAGCACGUACUGGAACUGGACAUAGCAUGCCACGGUACAACUCAAUCGUACAGUUAGAGCUUCUCGACGGAAGCGGCCUCCUCAAUAACGAGCAGACGAUGGUCGCCAACGUCCGAUGCGGUAACUGCGGUACAUGGCCGGGGGGCUUCAUGAGCCUAGACGACAACGCGGCGCCCUGGAUUGCGGCAUGGAAGGUAGGCGACGCUAUCAACAGCGCAGACCCGGACGCCCAGAUCCGGUACCACGACGCGCACGACGAGUGGACGUUCGACCUGACGGUAGCCACCGUGACUGACGAUGCGAACCCGUUCGUGGGCGUAAGGCAGUUCGACAACAACAACCGUGGCGUGGACCGCGGCAGCUUCGCCGACCCACGCAUGUUAAUCUUGUGCCACGGCAUCAUCAUGACCGUCGUCAUGAUCGUCCUAUAUCCGUUGGGUUCGGCGCUCAUGCCCUUAUUCGGCAAGUGGGUAAUUCACGCCGUGUGGCAGCUCUUUGCCUUCAUAAUAAUGUGGGGUGGCUUCGGGCUGGGUAUCGUCGCCUUGCAGCGCAUUCAACUUGAUUUCAAUUCGACACAUACGAUCCUCGGCACGGUCGUGGUUGGCCUAUUGGGGUUUCAACCGAUUCUGGGCUGGUUCCAUCAUAAACACUUCAUGAGACACCAACAUCGAGGUCUCGUGUCGCACGCUCAUAUCUGGUACGGCCGCGCCCUAAUAAUUACAGGCAUAGUAAACGGCGGGCUCGGUCUGAAGCUUGCAGGUGCUUCCAGAGCCUUCGUAGUGGUAUAUACUGUCUUCGCUAUCCUUAUAUCCGUUAUAUACAUCGGUACUAUUUUGUUUGGCGAGUGGCGCCGCCGCCGAACCGGAGGUUAUGAGCAGAAGAAUUCCUGA